AGAUGGCGAUGGAUUUUAAGGGCAGGAAGAGAGAUUGACAUUUUGAUUUUGGACGUAUUUCAACUACGCGGCCUAAAAAUGCUCAGGAUUGAUUUUGAACAAAGGUUUAGGGAUCAUAGAAGUAUUUUAAUCUUCGUGAAAAAACUUGGAGCGCUUGCUGAGCUGGAGUUCAGCCAAUUGUUUGAGGACAUGUCACAGCUUCGUACAGUUGAACUACCAGACGGCCGCAUUAUUCACUUAAGGUACACGAGACAUAUUUCUCAUCAGUUUAUUGAGUGGGGAAACUUUCAUAUGCACAAGAAACUGAUGGGGAUUUUAAGUAUUGCGAAGAUGGUAGAUGAGGACAUUGGCGCCAUCAAAAAAGCUCACGAAAGUUUAAAGACUUGGUACGAAAAUACUGCUCUUGAGUCUCGUUGUUUUAUUUUGGGAUGCGACAAUUCUUCAGGCGAUGCUAAACCAGAUAGAGAGUUUGUUUUCUUGCGUAAAGACAAUUUUAUGAAAGAAAUUGCGAAGCAAGUCGCGGACUAUGCGCUUUCGCUGUUUUUAGUACUGGAAAGCAAAAGAAAGGAUAAGUCUUUGGAAAAACCUGAUAAGUUUUCCUUUUUACGCUCUCCCCUGGAUGUAGAAUUGUUGGUGGAUAAUGAUAGCAGGAACAAAAAGCAAAAUAUUGGUCGUAUGAAGAAAUAUUUUGGUGAUCUUUGCUUGGUAACUGGGGUUGCUGAAGAGGCAAUAUAUUACUACAGUUUUGCCAUAGAUAUCCUGCGUUCGGUUGGGGAUAUUCUUUGGAUGGCAGGUGCUUUAGAGGGACUAUGUGCGGCAUCAUUGCUUUGUCGCAACAAGCACAAAAUUGUUUCGCCAGAAAGGGCAUCAUUACAAUUAGAUAUUAGUCAAUUGUCAACAACAGGUCCUGUGAAUGGCGGUAGAACUGAUGGAGAAGAUUCCAAGAUAACUUCUCUUAUUCCACUGAUUGAUGCAGAAAUUAUUGAUAAAUCAGAAGAGAUUAUUGAAGUGUAUGAAAAGCAUAAAAAAUCUAUAGUUCUAUCUGUGGAAGCCAAAUUUAAAUAUGCCAGAUUCCACUUGUCCAGAAAGAAUUAUAAAAGUGUUAGCAACACUUUGCAAGGGAUUAUGAUGACUGAAAUGAUUUUAAAACUUUCGGACACCGAAAAGAUUCAGAUGUACAGUGCCAUGUCUAUGAUGUACGAAGAUAUUGGAUACAUUAGAAAGGCAGCGUUCUUCACUAGGAAGGCAGCUCGUCAUUGUACGUCACAGCAUUUACCACCUCAGGGAUGGACAGCUUCGUAUAACUUGAUGAGGAAUGCUUUGGAAGGAUACAAAAUUCAAUUCAGCAACAAAUCACCAGACACUGAAAGAGAAUGUGAGCAGGGCUGGCCUCUUUUAAAAAUUCAACUGAUGAAAGAACUUAUUGAAAUGUCCAAAGGAUUACAGAAUCCAAACAUUCCAAUCAGGCAUAUUUCCUAUCUCCUGCAAUCGAUGCAUCAAUAUAUUGAUGAGAACGAUCUACAAGGUUUAAUUACGUCACUUGAAAAAUUAGCAUCAACUUCCGAUGAACAGCAUAGUCUUGUUGAUGAUCUCGUUGUGGGUAACAACGACCUGCUUCCACCUGUAGCUUUAACACACCUGCCAAUUGUAAGGGAUUUCAAAGUGAAUGGCCUUCCAAGUCACCUUAGACCCAUCCUUAGUCCUUCAAGUCCACCACCGGUCAAAACUCCUUUCAUAUAUACCACGAUAAAGAAAGGAUCUCGCAGAGCUAAGAAAAAUAAUCCAGUUAUUCGAUGGGUUGAAGGCGAAGUUAGUGAAGUGUCAAUGCAAGUCAAUAAUCCUUUGCCGUUUGAUAUCAAGAUUAGUAAAAUGACCUUGCUGACUGAUGGCGUCCCUUUUGAAGCUUAUCCCUCAUGUCUUGCUCUAUCCAACGAUAACAUGCCACAUCCUUUCAUGCUUCUUGGUGUCCCUAAGGGUUCUGGACAACUGGCAAUCACAGGUACGCUAAUUGGUUUCAUUCAAAUCAAUUGUCCUAUAAGCGAAACAAUUUUGGACAAACAAUACACUAUACCGCUGAUAGUUAACGUUACUCCAAAACUGCCAUUAAUCCAGUUCCAAAAUCGGAUCAGUGGUGUGCAAUCGUUCCUUAAUAGUAGUCAUAAAGGUUCAUCUCUUGUCUUGGAAGUGCAAUUAUACACAGGACAAUGCAUAAAUGGUCAAAUUUUGGUGGAGAACACAAGUAAAGUUCCUGUUGAGCAGUUCACGCUGACGCUUUUGAACGGUAUGAAUAAAGGAGCUAUGAAUUUAGUAACUUUAGAUCAAGACGAAAUAUCACAAUGUUUGCCUCUCGAACCUGGUGCAACCACGUUUUUCAACUUAACGUUUAGUGGGCAGUUGCUCGAUUCACUUCAGGAUAGUGAUACUCUAAAUUGGUCAUGCAAAUUGAAAAUCUUGUACAGUGGUGGGGAAGCGGGAGUACUGGGCAUGAGUCGCCAAGCUGCUGUAGAUAUUAAGGUCGAAGUUCUUCCCAGUUUAAUCUCUACAAGCUAUUCGUCACUUCAUGUUGGGAAUGGCGAAAAAUUCGAGUUGAAAAUGAAUGUAUGUAAUAAAACAAAGUGUAAAAUUGAAUGGAGAUUUGAAAUGAACUCAGGUAGAAUCAAAUAUCCCAAAGAGUUGAUGGAAUUAGAUGCUGGUGCAUCAGUCAGGACAUCUCUUGAACUGGAUACCAUUCAUGUGCCAUGCGAUAAGUCAAAGCGAGAAGAUCGUGAUGUUUGCACGGAAAAGAUCUUGGAUUUAUUGAAGCUGCGAUGGGAAAUACCUGAACAGAAGAUUACUGGUUUAGUACAACUUGGGCACUUCAAAGUUACUGAGGAAAUGGUCAACAUCAUAAGAAAACAUCAUCUUGCUUUUGAAAUGUUUAUGGAUGGCAAGAAAUUGAAGGAAGGAGACAAUGUAAAUUGCCCAUCCGCGAAACCUGUGUUUUUCACCAUCAAAAUUCACAAUUCCAGCGAGAAAGACGUUGUAUCUUCCAUUCUCAAUGUUGAACCAUUUGAAUUGGUUGACAAAGACUGGAAAAUAUUUGACGUAAAACAUAAGAUUUGUUGGCUUGGAGCCACUAGCACCUUUCUGCCUACGAUCAAAUCCCAUUCAUCAGUGGAACAUGGUUUCGGUCUUUUAUUUCUAACUACUGGCCGUUUUUGCAUCAAUUUGAAAUGUUUUGAGCGAUCUAGUUCCGGUGCUCAACAGUUUCGCAGUCGUACGCAAGUCAUAAAACGCCAGUCAUCCAGUGAGGGUCGGCCUCGAUCAUCAAGAUCGGGUAGCUUCACUGAUAGUUUACUGUUGAAGCAAAGGACACAGUCAACACCAUUGGCUCAAAUAUCUUUUUCUUGCCAAUUUAACGUGAGCGAAGAUCCUACGCUAACAAUAAAUACAAGCAUCUCAGUACCGCUAAAGAGUCCCACUAUGUCAAAAAUAAGUACUCGAGUGCCUGCAACAGUUCACGAGGCAUCUGUAAUGGAUUUCGCCAAUGCCAGUGAUGCCAAUGAUAAUUCUGGAAGAAAAACUCUUUUGUCGGUAGCAGAAUCCUUCAGAUCAAGUAAUGAGUCUUCAAAAUUAGUAGAAAUGCCUCUAAGAACAGAAUUUUGUACCGAACAGGAUUUUGAAAGUUUGAAAUGGAAUCGGGACAGUUCUCAUGCCAAAUAUGCUGAUAAAACCGCUAUUUCAGAUGGUGAAACAUUUGAUACAUUCGAAAGGACAGUAGAGGAAAAUAAGAGUUUGACUGAACAGCGUGUUAUGAAUUUUAAUGUCACUGCUAAAUUUGUUGACCAUUCUCACAUUGAAAAUGGUAAAAAUUAUGAUGGUGAAUUAAAAACGACUAUAGAUGGUGAUGCUGGUUCCGGUAAAGUUGUAGAUGGUGUAGAAGUUGAUGAAACUCAGACGAAGACCGCUUUACAAAAACGUGUUGAUGUGUCUUUUAUGCGAAAUCCUGAAGAAUCUCAUGUUAGUAGAAAUGAAAAACGUAACGAUGAUUGUGAAAAAGAACUUAGGACUACUGGGAUGGAGUUGGAACAAAUAGAAGAAGGUGAUACUAGAGAUCCAUCUGUUGUACAAAGUAUUUCGUUUGAAAAUACAAAUAUCAACUCUGUAGAAGAACAAAACACUAUUGUGAAUACGGAGUGUAAAAACUCAUUAGAAGACGAUGAAUCUGACGAAGAUGUUGGGAAGAGUCCCAGUGUGAGGGAUAGAAUUAAUUUUUUUACUUCAAAUUGAUUCUCGACUGAGUUUUGACAAAAAUUUUGUGUAUGUAUGGCUUGUCGAAGUAAAGAUUCUGACAAACGUGA